CAACCGGGUUCUAGCUAGAAUUGAACAUUAACUUUAAUCCGGGCUCGAGAAGCCCCAGGCCGAUAAGGUAAUUUAACAGCACAGAUUGUUACAGGCAAAACCAAAAUCUUUUCUCAAGUGAUAUACUCACCGAUCCCUUCCCUCUGGUUUUCCAAAGCCAGUCCAGAUGAACCGCAUUCAAAGUGGGCGAGCGGCUAGCGAAGCUGUUUUGACUGCGAUGAUGGCUCCAAGAAGUUCUUUAUUAAGUCUCUCCUUGUUAUGAACAAAAAAACAAAAUACAUAUACGUCCUAAGAAAAUGGCACAUCCUCCUCAAGCGGAACGCUUCCCCGAGUCCGCCCCAGACGCAGACGCCGGUGUCCUUUUUGUUCUCGAGUCAAAAGGGAAGUGGUGGCAUGCGGGGUUUCAUCUGACGACGGCGAUAGUGGGACCGACGAUAUUAACGUUACCGUACGUGUUCAGAGGGCUUGGAUGGGGUCUGGGGUUUACGUGUUUAACGGUGAUGGGGUUGGUGACAUUUUACUCUUACUAUCUGAUGUCGAAGGUGCUAGACCACUGUGAGAAAGGUGGUCGUCGCCACAUCAGAUUCCGCGAACUGGCUGCCGACGUUUUGGGCUCAGGAUGGAUGUUUUAUUUUGUGAUUCUGAUUCAAACAGCCAUCAAUACUGGAGUUGGAAUAGGAGCAAUCUUGCUUGCAUCGGAGUGCCUCCAGAUAAUGUAUUCAAAUCUUUCCCCCAAUGGGUCUUUGAAACUGUACGAGUUCGUAGCAAUGGUGACAUUUGUUAUGAUACUGCUCUCUCAGCUUCCCACUUUCCACUCACUCAGACACAUCAACCUCGCUUCUCUUCUUCUAAGCUUGGGCUACACUUUCCUUGUAGUUGGUGCUUGUAUUAAUGCAGGUCUCUCCAAAAAUGCUCCAUCAAAGGACUAUUCCCUGGAAUCUUCAAAAUCAUCUAGGCUUUUUAGUGCCUUCACUUCCAUCUCCAUAAUAGCUGCCAUUUUUGGAAAUGGUAUACUACCUGAAAUACAGGCAACUCUGGCUCCACCUGCCACUGGGAAGAUGGUAAAAGGCCUUCUAAUGUGCUACAGUGUCAUUUUUGUUACUUUCUAUUCGGCAGCAGCUUCUGGUUAUUGGGCAUUUGGGAACAAAGCUGAAUCAAACAUUCUCAAGAGCCUACUGCCUGAUAAUGGACCUUCCUUCGCUCCUGCACUGGUUGUUGGUCUCGCAGUUCUGUUUGUUCUUCUUCAACUGUUUGCCAUUGGCUUGGUUUAUUCUCAAGUAGCUUUUGAGAUCAUGGAGAAGAAAUCAGCUGACGUAAAACAAGGGAUGUUUUCAAAAAGAAACCUUAUCCCUAGGAUCAUUCUUCGGACGCUAUACGUGAUAUUUUGUGGAUUUAUGGCAGCAAUGCUUCCAUUCUUUGGAGACAUUAAUGGAGUUGUAGGAGCAAUUGGAUUUAUCCCCCUAGACUUCAUCCUGCCAAUGCUUCUUUACAACAUGAGCUUGAAACCUCCCAAAUCCUCCCUCAUCUAUUGGAUCAACAUUACUAUCAUGGUUGUUUUUACAGGUGCAGGAUUGAUGGGUACAUUCUCCUCUGUAAGGAAGUUGAUUCUCGACGCUAACAAGUUUAAGCUCUUUAGUAGUGAUGUGGUGGCCUGAACAUAUAUGAAUGAAAAUCUCUGAAGAUGUACUGGGUAAAUUGAGUUGCCCUUCUUCUCAGAGAAAAUUUGCCUCUGGUGUGAAUUAGUUGUAUCAUAAUAUGCAUAUUUAGACUGUCUAUAUUUUCAAGAAUAUAAUUUAUAGGCAGUCUAACCAUGCAUAUUUUAAAGGUUCCAAAUGAUAUUUUCUACUCCUCUUCUGAGAAUCCACCAUGCUUGAUGUUAGGCCUUGACUCUUACCAAGAGCUCAAAUAUAUACAUAAAUAUGCAAAAAGAUCCACAAGUAGACAGAAAAAAUCAUACCAAUCAUCUGAGGAAGAGCCUUGAGUUUAGCAUGCUCUACUGGUGACCAAGGUCCCUUCUUGACCUUGUUGCAGCAACAAAGGUUUAGUGAAAUUGAAGUGACAGCAGGCAGGAAAAUAUCCCAAAUCAAGCAAUCUCAAAGAAUGUUUUUCAAUGUUGUUCUUGAUUUAGUUAUUGACACCAACUAAUAUCUCAUGAAAUGUGAACUUGAUGUCUCUUUAUCUUUA